CCUGAGAAAAAGAAUUUCUUGAAGCUUCGUUUUAGUUUUAAUUGAAUAAUAAAGUAAAUUAUUGCAUUUUAAAUCUAUAGUAACAAUUUAAAAAUUUCUUCAUUAAAGUAAUGGCUGGGGACUUUUGGAAAAGCUCUCAUUAUCAGCAGUGGAUUUUAGAUAAACAAGAUCUUAUUAGGGAAAGACAAGUCGACUUGGCAUUCUUAAGUGAAGAAGAAUAUACAAAAGUUUUCAUUUUCUUUGCUAACUUCAUUCAAGUAUUAGGAGAACAGCAUAAACUUAGACAGCAAGUUAUUGCAACUGCAACAGUUUACUUCAAAAGAUUCUAUGCUCGCAACUCCUUGAAAAAUAUCGAUCCAUUUCUCUUAGCACCUACAUGCAUCUUCCUGUCAAGUAAAGUGGAAGAGUUUGGUGUGAUAUCAGCUAACCGUUUAGCUGGAUCAGCUUCAAAUUUAAUAAAAAACAAAUUCAGUUAUGCCUAUAAUCAAGAAUACCCUUAUCACUCAAAACACAUUCUUGAAUGUGAAUUCUAUUUAUUGGAAAAUCUUGAUUGUUGUCUCAUCGUCUAUCAACCUUAUCGACCUCUAUUAUUACUGAUUCAAGACAUCGGUCAAGAAGAUCAAUUGCUAACACUUACAUGGAGAAUAAUUAAUGAUUCAUUGCGAACUGACGUUAGUUUACUUUACCCUCCUCAUCAGAUUGCUAUUGGAGCCCUACAAAUUGCCUGUGUUAUACUUCAAAAAGAACUCAAGCAUUGGUUUGCUGAGCUUAAUGUCGAUAUGGAUAAGAUUCAGGAGAUUGCUCGAGCUAUUGUGAACUUAUUCGAACUGUGGAAGUCUUUCGAUGAGAAAAAAGAAAUCGCAGGAUUAUUAGACAAAAUACCCAAAGCAAAACCCGGAGGAUCUUCAAGAUAAUUUUAUGUUUUAAGCGUCUUGACUAGAAUUAAAAUUAUUUUUAAUUCAAUACACACUUCUACUUAAAAAAUAAGAUAAUAAAUUUUUCAAACUCGAGUUUUGGAAUUCCAAUUUUUUAUACAUCUCAAUAAAUCUAAUUAUUUAAUUAAUAGCAGUGUAAUUUUUAACGAAUAUUACUUUUUUACGGUAUUACGUAUACUUUUUGCCAAUUUCGUCAAUCUGAAUGGAAGUAUUUCAACUCAUACUUCUUAUCAAACGCGUUCAAUAAAGAUAAGAUAUAGAGAGUUGUAAACUUCAGAUGUAGAUAGAUCAUUCAAUUCAAUUAAAACGUUAGUCAUGAAAGGAACUAGUAAGCUUUCAUGUAUAUUUUUUGCUUUAACUAUU